UCGAAAACCCUGUAAUACUUACUAUGCGUGAUUAUGUCUCGGAAGCUCAUACGUGACGGAUUGGAACUGUUCGAUUCGCUUCAGCACGGGAAUCCUACGAAGAAGAAAGAGUUGAAGAAAAGAACUAAAUCUAAGGCUAGAAAAUCAAUCAAAAGGUUACAGACGCAACAGACUUCAAAUACGGGUACUAAGACUGCACACAGUAACCAGAAGAAGGGAAGAACGAGGAAGAAAACGACUGGCUCCAGAACUUCUGUUGCUAGUUCAAAAUCAGCUGAAGACUUCUUACAAGAGAAUCUGACAUUACUAAAGAAACAAAAUCCUUUCAAGCAAUAUAAGGAACUAAUUGAAAAGGUGACAUUUCGCAAUACACCAAGAUGGCACAAGCCAGCCAAUGUAAACAUAACCAAUGAGGACAAGGACGAGACCAAUAUCUCAGAAGCAACUAAUGAUAUUGACUACGAUUUCAAUGCAACAUUAUGAAGACUACUAUAAGAGUUUACACCAUAGGUUAGUGGUAUCAUUACUAUCUUAAUUAAAUAUUGCCCGUAUCGACCUUCUAAGCCUGCUUCCACUGGUGGAGCUGUUGAUAUCUCCGAGUCUCCUGUUGAUAAUUUGAAACAAGUUCGAGGCUGGUACACACAAACAUGUUUCCAACAUUUCUAGUUUCACUAAAAUUGAAUUUGAUCACUCAAAUCUAUUAUGUCAUGAUUCCUGGCAGUGCUGGUUAACCAAAUUCUGCAGGAUCAUAUUAUUAAAGGGACAUACUUGCACAUCUCUAGGAUUCAGCAACUGUUGCUUGUAUUAGGGACCAUAUACAAUUUUACAAUGUCAAUCAGUAACUUAGUAAAAUUAGUAAAUAUACAUUCCAGUCAGUCUGUGUAAUGUACUUUUUUCCAUGACAAACUAUUAGCAGACAUGCGUAAGUGUGUGUGCACACACGCACGCUCACACACACACACACACACACACACACA